CCCAUGCCCACACACAAACACAAACACACUCGCACGCAGAUGCUGCGGCGGCUGAGGCUGGGCUGAGCAUUUUAGGAGCGUCGUCGCUGCCACCGGCACAUCUCUAUAUAAAUGGAGCGUACUUGAUCGAACUCCAAACAUUCCUGUUGCAGUCGCCCUCAGAGAAGGAUUACCAGCGAGAGAUAACAACAGCCAGCAGCAGUAGCAGCAGCAGUAGCAGCAGCAGCAGCAAGCCCCAGGAUAAUUCCCCAAAGGAUAUCGACUAUAAUCUAAGCCAAGCGAACAUGUUCACCCAAUCCAUGCUGAGAUUCUCCGCUGUGGCGGUCGUGGCUCUCAUUGCUGUCUGCCACACCAGUCCCGUCCCAGACGAGGACCGCAAUGGCAAGUAUACGGUUUCAGAGCAAAAUUCUAGUGCCGGCAGAUACAGGUCACUGGACGACGGACGGUACCAUCCCAGUUCGCAAAAUGAAGGCCGGAGUGGUGCACAGGAUAGUUUAGGUCGCUACCAGCACAUGCCACAGCCCUACACCCAUGUGACGGAUCACCGCGAGCUGGGAGCCUACCAUCACAUUCCCAAUCCCUACGAUGGUGGCUAUGGGCCAUAUGCCGGCCUCAACCUACCCUACGUCCACGAUGUCAGGCCCUACAACCACGAUCUGUACACAUCCACGACGACAACAACGACGAAGAAACCGACUACAACCACGGAGCGGACCACCACUACCACCACCACGACCACGACGACGCCCAGGAACAUCCUCUUCAACUACGAUGAUGAGGGACGCCACAAGAUUCUGCAUCAGGAAGAGAUCCGCAAGAAGGACAAAUACGAUCAUGCUUUCCUGACCGAGAACGGCAUCUACGGCGAGGAGCAGGCUAAGCUGCAUCACAACGGCGGCACUCACGCCAAGGGAUACUACGAGUACACCGGCGAUGAUGGCAAGCUGUACCGCGUCAACUACGCCUCCAACGAUGGUGGCUUCAUGCCCGAGGGCGAUCACAUUCCCACUCCUCCACCCAUUCCCGAGGCCAUUGCACGCGCCCUCAAGUACGUGGAGGAGCAGCACAAGGCCAAUGGCGGCGCCCAGUUCGAUCAUCGUGGCUUCCGCAUCAACCACAUGACCAAGGACAUCAAGGCCCAAAUCAAGUCGAUGCAUCUGGAGCGCAUGCCCAAGGAGCUGGGCGACCAGAUCCGUAUGCUCGAGCACGAGGUCGAGCUGGCCGAGGAGGAGGAGCGCGAGGAGAGACGUGCCGAGGAGGAGAGGCUGGAGCGCAAGCGCCUCUCCCACCUACAUCCCACAGUGCAGCCAGAUGUCUCCGAAUAAGUCCGCUCCCAGACUUGUCUCAUCAACAGCCAUAAGGUCCCUGUACCUCUACACCUCCCCACACCCAUCCGAACCGUCCUAGUCCAACCACCCACACCCACACCCACGCCACACCCCCACACCCCCACCAUUCCCUUGCAUUUGACGAGCGAUCAUCUCGGUCAAACCCUAUAACAAGCCAUCGAAAACCCAGGAAAAAAUCCACAAAAAAAGGAAAAGGAAAAGGAAGGAGACGAAUGGAGGAAUCGAAUUGUAGUCGUAUAUAUAGUCCGCUCCUAUGUUAUUUCGUAUUUAUUUAUCUGUCUAACUCAAUAUGACGACGUUACGUUGCUAAGCAUAAGAUAAUUAAUUAUUUUUUGUUAUUUUAUAUAUCAAAAUAAACCCCAACUAAAUAUC